GAAGACCUUGAUGGCGACGAUCGCAAGAUGAAUGGCAAACACACACAGCAAAAUCUAAGUGAGGUGCACGCCGGGCUGAGAAGUUCAUUAAGCAGCACAAUGACAUGCUUGUUGUGAGCCCUAAUAGAAGUGGACGCCUGUUAAUGAAGGUCUUGUCAAACUUCAUUGGUUCAAAAAGGUUCUUGAAGAGCGAACCUUCGCUACAUCACCGACGUGCUGCUUGUUCCUGCUGUGCGGGGAGGAAGACACACAGAGGCCGAGGCGUCGCGAUCACCUUCCGUUCGGCUCUCCGCAGCCCAGCGCCCCCAUGGACUUUGAGGGACGAGCCAGACCGGCCCCGGCCUGUCGCCUCCUCUUGCCGGGCCCGGAGGCGGACGAGGACGACGGCGACGUGGUGAUCAGCAUCAGGCCCAAAUCUUCCCCGCUGCCACGGAGAAGGAGCUCGCUCUCCGACGAGGACGACUCUGAGCUCGAGCAGCCGCCGCCUUGCGGCUCCAGGAGGGUGUCCUUCGCGGACGCCCUCGGUCGAAGUUUGGUGCAAGUGAAGGAGUUUGAUUUGUGGGAUGUGCCCAAUCCGCCGGGAAUGGAGUUCCUGGAUGGCGAGGGACUAGCUACGGAGGAGUACCGCAUGUCUCCUCUGACUUUCCAAUCCCCGCUGUCUCCCGAGGAUCUGCUGGUUAGGGUCCAGGAGCAGAAAGUCGAGCUGGAGUCCCUGGAGUUGAUCCCGGGGACCACCACGCUGAAAGGCCUGAUCUGCGUCCUCAACAUGUCCUUCCACAAGGCCGUGUACGUGCGCACCACUUUGGACUGCUGGGCCAGCCACUUUGAUCUCCUGACCGAGUACAUCCCCACGUCGGGCCACGCUCACAUGGACCGCUUCUCCUUCAAGCUGACCUUAGUGCCGCCCUUUGAAGAGCAGGGAUCCCGAGUUGAUUUUUGUCUGCGAUACGAGACGCCCGUGGGUACCUUCUGGGCCAACAACGACAACAGGAACUACGUCCUGUUGUGCCAGCAAAGUAGCAAAGAGCAGAGGGAGAACCCCCAGAAGCAAAAUGGGCAGAAGAAAAGCUGCCUAAAGACUGUUUUGAGAUGUGACAGUCAAGCCUCUGCGGAUGAAACACUUAGCCAAGAAAACUCGUCAGCAGAUGGGUCAACAAAUGGAGAAAGGGUUGACAAUGAGCAAGUCAUCCUAAUUCGCCAUCAGUCAGAAGUAGACGGGAACAAUUCACAGGAUGAGAUCAGACAGAACUGCGUCCGACGAAAACGUCGAAAGGCGGCCCGCAUGGCUCUGGUGAGGGACUACUUUUGUGAAAGAGACGGCGGCGUACUCGAUGCGUCCAGUCCGAAAGACGACAACGAAAUCCCAGCGAGGGAAUCUUGGUCUGAAGACAAAGUUGAAGGUUCUUGCGCCCUUCUGGAAACCACUUUGAGGGAAAGGCCAACCCGAGCACACGAGACGCAGGCACGCCAUGAGCCGAAGACACCCGACGAUGCCGCGUUGACAUCUUUAAUCCGAGGCGACGUUAGCCCGGACACGUCAACCGACGAGACCCCGCCCGCUCAACAUCGCGACACUUUUGUCUCCGAGGCUGAAGAAACAAACGAGAGCUGCUCAAAUCAAAGCAACGGCUUCGCUUUUGGAUCAAGAGAUCAUCAACAUGUGACAAAGAACUCGAUUGAAGGUUGCUUCGAUGCCAACCUGAAUGUUCCUCUUGUGGAAAACGGCACAAGGAGUGACGCAGAGGAUUCUAGUAAACAAAGAAGUUUCAACGUAACCAAGAUUCACCAAGAGCCGUUUGUACCAUCGCGUCUGCCCUUGCACCAAAGCAAAAAUGAUCUCCCGCUCGAGAAUUGGCAGCUUCAGGAAAAGCUCACUGAUGAGUUCAUUGACACCGAUUUGAAUGUUCCUGAAGACACUUGGAAUCGGGCUGACGAUGCUAUCGAAGGUGAAACCGAGGACAUUCAGCGCCGCUGUCAACCAGAUGAGCGAGAGGAGGAAGUUGAAAUUGCAUCUCCAGAGGCAGAAGAACCUGAAGAUGUCGAAAACGAUCACGUGAAGAUGAAUUUCGACGUAGCUGAAGAACACUGUGUGGAGAUCCAGGGUGGUAACAUAGAGAUAUGUUUAGAUGAAGAUGGAGCAGAUGUGGAAUUGGAGGAGCAAGACAUAAAGCCAGGAGAUGAAGAGCAGCAAAGCCCGGGUGAUGACAUCAGGGGGUCACAAUCGGGCCACUCGCUUGAUCCUACUCAACAGAAUCCGGAUAGCGCCCAUCUCCUUGAUGAAGAAAUCGAGAGUGAGGACGCGCAAUCCGAGAGCGACGGCGCAUCGGCCGAAUCGGACUCGGACGACGAGGUGGAGCUCUACAUGCACUGCCUGCGAGCGGUCCGCACCAAAGACCCGAGCGCCGACGCGGCCUUCAACCUUAGCAAGAGGCCCUCUCUAAGCAAAACCAAAGCGCUCUCCUCACCCAUGCCGUCCAUCAGCGAGGCUGCGGAGGAGGACCGUGUCGGCUUGCGUCCGGAAAGCCAAGCGGAUAACGUCGUCCGGUCGCCGCCGACGGAACCCGCUGGCAAAAACGCGGCGAGGCGCGACAGCCGCUCCUCCUGCAGCUCCAUCUCCAAAUCGUUGCUGUACGUUGGCUUGUUAGCAGUAUUUGCGUUGACGGCUUAUUAUUACGAUUUUCUGGCAUGUUUUGGCCUCUACGUGGUUACGCUGGUGUGGCUCUUGUGUCAGGGAGAAAAACAGUCCUUGAAAGACAACUCCAUAGGCUAAAUGGGAAGCAAACUUGUUGUGGAAAUUCCAAUGUAACGUUCACAUCUGUGUCGUUUAUGUCAAAAACACUCCUGGCUAUAUAGACGAAGGAUUACACCUAAAUAAAGGGUCUUUUUUAGGACGGAAUUAAAAAGGGUAACAAGCCUUACAUGCGCUGUAUGAAAUAGUUUAAGAUGACUAAACCUUCUGCCCACUUGCGCACGGCUGACUUUUAUGUACACGCAGGAUGUAAAUGAAAACUAAAAAUCAAUGUGCUGUGCUGGGAUGUU